AUGUGCGCAAACCUGAAGUUCACGGAUCCUGGAACCACCUCUGCCAAUGAUCCUGGCAACAUCUUUGACUGGCACCACGAUCACUUCAGCAUCUGGACGAGACGCAUUGGGAAAACUACGACUAUUUUUUCUCACUCUCUUUCGCCCUUCCAUUUUUCAGACUUUCCACGCCCCGUUGUAACAAGAGCGGAAUCUACAAGCAGCAGCUCGUUCGAACUUGCCUGGACAUUCCCUAAAGAUGACAUCCGCCUCUACGACGGCUUCAGUGUGAAGUACUGUCCGAGUAGCACUGCAUUGUGUAUCAAGACUCAAACCAAGGAAAAAAAGCUUACUGUGCAGGGGCUGAAUCCUGACACCACCUUCGCAAUUGAAGUGCGGGCACAGUUCAGAAAAACAGACGGUAAUCUGCUGCUCGGGCCUCCAGCAUCGGAGUCUGUCACUACGUGGAAAGACGUCCCCGACUUCCGUAUCACCUAUGAAACCAACAUUCAAGAAGACGUUGGAACCCAUUUGCUGAGCUGGGAGUGCGUCAAGAGCGACCUCGAUUACAUCCAGUACAGGACAACGGAGACAGGAAACUGGACCACGUGUUCCGAUUCGGCUGACUGCGAUGCCACCGUUAAUCAUGUGCGAACCACGAUGUUCUCAAGUGGAUACUUAAGGCUGACCAUCCAACAAAUACCGCUAAGCGAAGAGGAGGUUUGGUUCCGCGGCUGCAAUGACCAUGGAUGCGGACAAGAACACUCUUUGUCACUCUACUCGCUUGUUUCCGGUAAUGAUUCUGCAUUUUUCGAAACUGUCAUCCGUAGGUGCUGCGAAGAGGAAACGCAACCACAACGCGAGAGGGAUGGGAGGCCCUGCUCUCCAGCUCGGAGGCGGCGGCCCAGAGAGCUGCCACACUCCAGGCCAGCCGCAGAGCACACGCCAGCGGACGGGCCCCGACCAACCUGA